UAAAACCAAUAUGUCAGCGUAUUGUAGAAGCAACGGGGUCUAUUGAAUGAAUGAAAGCAUCGCAAGGCAAACUAGUUUUAACUUAUCUGUCUAACGCUUUGACGUUAAUGAAUAAACAUGAAUUUGUUGCGUAAGAACCAGAAUGACUCGCAAUGCGUGCUACCUAGUAGAAGGAAUGAAAAGCUGCUGGUGCCAAACAGGUUGAUUUGUAAUUAUACGAAAAGGACUACCGGGUCGGAAAUGACGGUCUGCCUGCAGCCACAGAGCCUGCAGGAGCUGGUUAUGGCUGCUGUGGUGACCAAUGUGUGUCAGAGAGUGCGCCAGUUUCUGGCAGGCUUUUCUCAGCAUGGUUAUAUUCUAAAAAGGCUCAUCCCCAAGCGGACUAAGAUGCCUCCAUCAUCACUCAAGCCACUCCAUGAGUUCCUGUACAGCAACCUACCUCCAGUCCUGUGUGCCCAACUUUGUGAAGAGCUGUUGGCGGCAUUUCAGAAUCUGACUCGAGAAGAAGCUGAAGCAGGUGUUGGUAAAAGUGGGUACGGGGAGGCACGGUGGCAGCUGAUGAACGAUGUGUUGGAGGCCCUGCUACACCCCCAGCUAUGGAACCUGAACCUCUCCCUGUGGCCGUCAGCACUUGCAUCCACUUUCUACAGGAAUGUGCGCAAGCUGACUGGUCUGAAGCGACUCGGGCUACAAGGAGCGCUCCGCCCAGAUGCGUGGCUGCCGGAGUGCCUGCCAGGCCUGCGGACGCUAGUGUCUGUGGACCUGCGCGAGAGCGGCUCUGACCUGCUGGUGGCUGCCCUGGCCCAAAACUGCCCGAUGCUGGCAGAGCUCCACUUGGCAUGGGCAGAGGCCGUCACCGACCGGGCAGUGCCUGCGCUGCUGCAGAUGCGGAGCCUGCACUGGCUCGACAUUGGUGAAACUGGCAUCAGCAUCUCUGGUGUUUCUGACCUCAUUAGCGGUCUCCCAUCUCUUUACGAAAUUGCAGUUGGUGUAGAUCUUCCUCUCGAGCCCAUCAUAAUCUGCCAAUCACAGUGCAGACUGUCUCUGCAACACCUGAAGCUGGUGGAAACAAGACGCUUGGAAGAAGUCCUUGCAAAGACUCCUGAUCUAACCCGUCUGGAGCUGAUUGCUCCUCUCUGCAGCUUAGCACCCCUCUCGACUCUACCGUACCUUACUGACCUGCGUCUCGAUCUGUCACCCCUGCCUCCACAACCGAACGAUGCAGUGGAGGCUGUGAGGACAGCAAACCCAGGGCGGCUGCAGCACCUCACACUGGCCGGCUGCACUGCAGUUGACCUGCCUGCCUUGAUGUCUGAGUGUCCACAGCUGCACUCACUCCAUCUGAUGCAUUGCAGUUUUGCAGUCCCUGAACAUAACCAGGAAUGGAUACCAUCAGUGGUACGGAUGCCCAACCUACAGGAGCUCACGCUGUCCACUCUACAGCAGGUGCAGGUGUGGUUCAUACUGGAACACCUGCUGCCGGCAGCACGGGUGAGCUUGCGCCAUCUUACAAUUGACACAGUCAUGGUUCCAUGCGUAGGGUCACACCGACUUGGUAACCUAUUACUGGCUGCUCCCCUGCCUGCUAUUGAGACACUUGCACUUCGUGGAAAGAUCUUGCUGACUGCUAGCACCCUUCGCCACUUUGCCAAUACAAACCCAAGUCUCAAAUCAUUGGGACGUGUAGAGUUUUGGGAUCGAGUCACCAGUGAAGAUUUGCGUUAUCUGCGAGAAGACCUUUGUGGUGCUAAUAAGCGUCUGACUAUUUUGUAGCUGUAAGAGCUGUAAUUUCAGAAACAAAUUGUUUAUUUUUUUUAAACAGGACUCUUUCUUGUUGGCAUAUAUUUAAUAUCAAUAAAUUUCUGGUGACUAGAUAGUUUUACAUGUGUUAUAAUGUGCGAGUUUUGGAUGGAGAGAGAGAGGAGGGGUGAUUGUUACCAAAAAACAUGUGACUGGAUUGCUACAAAGCUUUCAAAUUUUAUUGUGUCAUUGCAUUUUAUUUAUGUACUGAAUGGUGAUUGUCAUUAUUUUUUACAAGUUUAUCAUAGGAGAAACGUGUCUUAUGUAUUACAACAGUGAGUAGUACAGAUCUUUUGUGUCAUUCAGACAUGAAGAAAAAAAAAAAAAAUCAUAAAAGUAAAUGUGAAUAAAUAAAAUACCAUGAAAUAAUUGACUGUGAUAUUGGAAUUGCGAUCACUACUGAAUUUCCUUGCUUUAUACAAAAGAUCUGUUAUCAAUGAGCGUUUAGGAGGAUACAUCCACAUCAUGUUGGAGAAGAAGUAAGAAGAAUUUAUUUGUUGAGGUGCUCUAUGUUAUCUAUGUUACGUCUUAGGUAUUAAAUAUGUGCAAUAUAUGCUGAUAAGCUGUAACUAAUUAUUUAACUAACAAACAACAAUAAAAUCUAUCAAUUGAUCAUGCAUGCUUUCACCAGUACAACAGUGGAAGGAAGUGCUCCUCACUAUACUUUGAUAGACAGUUCUAUUGAUCCAGGAUAUGCCAUACAGGAAGACUCCCCAAUAUAUGAUGUUUUUAAUAAAUGGCAACCUGUGUUUUAUUUGGUGACACGAAGGCAGUCCACAGAUUUCCCGAGGGCUUGUCAUCAGUUUUAUUUGAUGAAAACAAAUGUUGUUAAAGUAAUUUAUUAACUUGGAUCUGUUAAGGUAGAUGUUUUAAUCUCUUGUAAAGUAACUGGCCUACUUUUCCUGAAACAGUCAGUCAGUCCCAUUUGUUUGGAGUAUUUUAUCAUAGUCUGUUAUUUGUUUUUCUUUUUCAAUGUAUUUUAUAUACACUGGCGUCCAAAUUUAAAGCAACAAACCACUAUUUCCCCAUUCUGUGUCUAAUUCAUGAUACAAUCACACAGCCUUAACAGCUCCAUAGGAGAGACACUGAAACACUCAAUAGUGGCAAAUCAAUCACAUCACACACACACACACACACACACACACACACACACACACACACACACACACCACACUAAGAAAAGUAGAUCACAUCUGAUGAAGGUUUAGACCUUUGAAACAUACCGUGGAGAUAAAUAAACUGUGACUGGUAACAGUAGACUUGUUAUUUCAUUCGCACUGUGGACUGAGGCCCGAACAGUCUUGUUUUGAAUGGAAGUAGCAUUCCGGUCAAUGGAAAACGAUGACGUCAGGGCACCUAUCAAGCGAGGUAGUUUUGCUGGGUAGUCUCCCAUCCCUAACAGCCCGCAUACAUGGUGACAGAUAGUGCAGCAUGGCACAGAGAAGAUGCCUACCAUACUCCCUGUGGUGGAGGGCCAUAGGAAUAAUAGGCGCACGACAAUUGCAAAUUGAUACGCCUCAACGGCUUAAUGUGAAUUAUUCUGUUGUUUCUUGGAUGCUGUGACAGGUCAUGCAGACAAAAACUGUAUUUGGAAGACUGGACCACAGCCGAUCAUGUGUGAUAUCAGAAAGAGAGGACCUUUAUUUGGCUGUAAGGGCAAAAUGGUAUCACCUUACUACUGCACAGCAACUGGCAUCUGACCACGCAGCAUCCGAUGGACAAGUUGUAUCGAGACAAACAGUGUACAGACGGUUUUGGCAGAGUGGCCUUUAUUGUCAGAAACCUGCCGUAUGUGUACCCCUAGCGCGUCUUUCCAGAAGGGAACAUCUAGAGUGGAGUCAUCACCAUGCCGCUUGGAUGACUGAACAGUGGGUCAACCUUCUCUCCACAGAUGAGUCCCAAUAUAGUCUAGAGAGUGAUUCUUGACAGAUUAACCUCUGGAGGUAACGUGGAACAUGACUCUGGGACACAAACAUUGUGGAAAGAGAGCAAUAUUGAGUGGAUUCCUAAUGGUGUGGGCAGGGAUUAUGUUGACUACGUGAACACCUCUUCAUGAAAUGGUACAGGUGAAUCAGCAAGGUUUAGCUGAUGUCAGGUAUCGUGACAAGAUCUUGGAACCUCAUGUGCGGUUGUUGUGAGGUGCUGUGGGGCCAGACUUUGUAUUGAUGGAUGAUAAUUCUCAACCUCAUAAAGCAUGGGUGGUUGAUGUUUUCUUGGAAAUGGAAGAUAUUGCACACACAGCGUGGCCCGCUCACUCUCUCAAUUUGAAUCCCUUACAGCACACCUGAGAUGCACUAGGGAGAUGGGCUGGCGGCAUCACAUAAACAUCCACCAACCACAUUCAAAGAUUUAGGAGGAGCUUUGCAGGAAGAAUGGGUGUUAUUGACUCAGUGUGAGAUUGAUGAUGUCAUUCACAAUGUACCCCAUCAUUGUGAGGCCUGUAUUGCUGCCAGAGUUGAUCGCACCCCAUACUGAGCAUAGUAACCAGUUAUCGGAAUGUGUGUGCAAAUCCGUCAAGUUGAAAAAAAUGAAGAGUAAUUUUGUCUACCAUGAUCCAUAUUGCAGUUAAUUAUGUUCUAUAUUUUUUACAUUGUUUCUACUUUACUGUCACCUGUUCACAUUGUUUUGUAGCAAGAUAAACACAAACCUGCAAAAUUUCCAUUUGUUGCUCUAAUUUUGGACACCAGUGUAUUUAUCUCAAUCCCCCAACAGUCAUAUAAUUUUUCAUACUAGAUAUUAUACACAUUUAAUUCAUUAAAGUUUUAAAUUGUUAAACAUGAGACCUUUAACAGAUGCAAAAUAAAAGAGCAAUAAAUAUUUUAUAACUGUGAAUGCACUUAUGACCUUGGCAUCAUUUCACCAUUAACAUCUUCGAAUGUUUUUAAAGGGUAUGUGACUUCUUUAAUGAGCUGAUGCUUUCUUUUAUUGAAACUGGUAGUAAAUAAAAAUUUUAUUCAUCUUAAAAUAUGCAUUAAAAUACAAAACAGCAACAAGUGAACAAAUCUUAAAAAUGUUUUACAUUAAGUAAUUAAUAAUUCCCUUGGCUAAUGAACAUGCCAUGGUUAAUAAAUUAACAACAAACAAACAACUCACACCAAAACAUAAAACACAGUGACAAACAAUAAAUGAGAAUGCAGAAUUCUUACUUUAUACAAAUGUAACUGCACCAGUCAUUUUUAGAAAAAGGUAUAUUACAUGCUAUACUAAAUAAAGCUUAACAACAUUCAGUUUUUAUUCUGUGAGUACAACAGAUGUGAUAAUAUUAAAAUAAAAAUUAUAAAAUACCCAUAUGUUGUAAUAUAUAUGGCUAAUAUGGCAUUCAUUCAUACAUAUGUAACAUCUGACCAGACGUAUAUUGUUAGAGUCACGGUACUGGUGUAUCCUUCAUAUUGUGGAUGAGGGUACAGUGUGUUAUUUUAUUAGAAAAUUGUAGCGUGAGUGAUUAUUUAAAACAAUGUUGCUAUAUAUUAUUUUCAUUUAGUAUCAGACAUGUUUGUUAUGCAGGAAGCAAGAGAGGAACUCUUGCUGUUUAAAUGAAAACAUAUUUUUUUUUGUAAUAAACUGAAAGCUGCUAUGUUACUGGAAGGAACUGCAUUUUUUGGAUAGAAAUUGUGUGCCAAUUAUAACAUUGUUCCUUAAAUUAGAAGGAAAACACCAGAAUUUGUGUGCUGUUUUAGUACGAUAAACUUGCUAACCAUGUUGAAGUUUAAGAUUCUACUGUAGCAAUUUGACACAUUGCUCCAGUUUUUUAAUAUAAAAUACCAAAGAUGACUGGAAUGAAAUAUGUAUGUUGACUUC